AUGCAUCACUCCUUUUACUCUGUCCUUGUCGCUGUCCUCGCACUCCUUUCGUGCCUCUCAUCCAUACCUCCACUGAUCGUGCACAUCAGAGCCAAGAACCUGGCGACAACCGUCCUCAUCCUCAGCUUUGCCAUCCCGAACCUCCAAAACUUCCUCAACGCACUGAUAUGGCCCUCUGCAGAUACACAAUUGUGGUGGAACGGCAAGAUCCUCUGUGACAUCGAGGCCAAACUCUACUUGGGGGCGUAUGUGGCAGUGGACGGUGCGCUGGCAUGUAUGUUUCGACACAUGGCAAACAUAUUCGACCCCGAGCGCUUGACAGUGUCAAUCACGCCUAGCCUACGAGAACGCAGGAUCAACCUUGCCAUUGAGCUCUUCAAUUGCAUUCUCGCUCCAGCGUUUGUCAUGGGCACGCAUUACUUGAUCCAGCAGAAGAGAUACUAUAUCCGCCCAAUUUCGGGUUGUACGCCGUCGGUGGACUGGUCAUGGCUCUCUGUUCUGCUGAUGUCCUUGUGGCCGUUACUGCUUUGCCUUGCUGCCACCGUUUACUGUGCCAUUGCCACGCUGCGUCUCUGGCGGCAUAGGAAGGAGAUGUCUGAUGUCCUUGGUGGGAGAAGGUCUGGAGAUAUCCGCCUAUACGCCCUCGCUUGUGUGAUUUUGGUGGUAUACUUUCCAUUCACGCUUGUCGCUUUCGCGGGGACGCUGUUCAGACGCAUGCAUAAAUAUUCGUGGGGUUACAUUCAUCCUCCUGGUUGGGCGGACGAUAUCGUCUACCAAGUCCAAGGGGUGCAGCCUAGUUUCGAUCGAUGGGCACAGAUCGUCACGGGAUACAUCAUAUUCGGAUUCUUGGGACUUGGGCACGAUGCAAAGCAGAUGUACAGAUCGUGGCUGGUCCGAUUGAAGUCUCGCUUGGCAAAGCGCAGUCACGGGAACGAGCCCACUGGGAGAAAUAUUUCUUUGUCCAUACACGAUGGCGAGUCGGCGUUGGAGCAUGGAUCACUUACGGUGGUGACAGACAACGCUGAGGCUGCAGGGGCAAAAGCAGUAGUUCAGAACAACUCUCCACCCACCCGGCCCGCUGGCUGA